GUGUGGAGUGCGUGUGCACACAUAAUCACAACAUCAAUAGGUGCUGGAGUGCUCUCUUUGGCAUGGGCAAUGGCUCAACUUGGCUGGCUUGGUGGCAUUUCCAUUCUCUUGUUCUGCACAGUUGGUGCACUUUAUGCUGCUACUCUCUUAGCAGAUUGCUACAGAUUCCCAGACCCAGUCACUGGCAAGAGAAAUUACUCUUACAUGGAGGCUGUCAAAGCCUAUUUAGGUGGAACAAUUUACAAGUUCUGUGGAUGGAUGAUAUAUUUAAAUCUUGCUACCAUUGGAGUCGGCUUUACGAUAACUACGGCAAAGAGCAUGAUAGCCAUACAGAAAUCGAAUUGCCAUCGCAAACAUGGUAGUGAUGACCCAUGCAAGUUCUCCAACAUUCCACAUGUGAUUGCAUUUGGAAUUGUAGAAAUUCUCUUAUCACAACUCCCAAAUUUUCACAAGCUCUCUUGGCUCUCAAAGCUUGCAGCAAUUAUGUCUUUUGGGUAUGCUUUUAUCGGAAUUGGACUUUCCAUGUCAAAAAUCAUAGCAGGGCAUGGAGGAAAAACUUCUCUUGCAGGAGCGGACCUGCCUUUAUCUGAAAAAAUUUGGAGGAUGUUUGCAGCAGCUGGAGAUAUUGCCUUUGCUUGCUCAUAUGCUCUAGUGCUUUUGGAUGUCCAAGACACUCUAAAGUCAUCGCCACCAGAAAACAAAGUGAUGAAGAAGGCUGUGUCAGUAGGGGGUUUGGUUAUGUUAAUAUUAUUCACGAUGUGUGGUACGUUGGGAUAUGCUGCAUUUGGAGAUAAAACCCCAGAAAACCUACUGGCUGGUUUUGGAGAUGAUGUAGCCUUCUGGCUUGUUGAUAUGGCUAAUGUUUUCAUUGUGGUGCAUAUAGUUGGUGCAUAUCAGGUACUUUGCCAACCGGUGUUUCGUAUUAUUGAACUAUUGGCUAGAAGGAGGUGGCCGAAGUCCAAGUUCAUAAAUAGGGAGAUCCCAAUCAGACUAGGGAAGGUAAAGUUCAACAUCAACAUGUUUAGGCUGUCAUGGAGGACAGCCUAUGGGGUGUUGGUCUCGUUUCUUGCCAUAGCUCUUCCAUUCUUCUCCGACAUGCUUGGCCUUCUUGGAGCCCUGGGCUACUGGCCACUCAUAGUGUACAUUCCGUUGGAGAUGCACAUUGUGCAGAACAAGAUUGGGAAAUGUACAAUUAGAUGGUUUGGGCUCCAAUUGUUUAGUUUUUUGUGCUUGCUUCUUUCUAUGGCUGCAGCAUCUGGUGCCAUUCAUGGUCUGUAUAAGGGUCUCAAAGCCUACAAGGUCUUCCAAUUUAAAGAGUGAAGUGAACCAAAAAUUAGUAUAUGCUUCGAUAUCGGCAUAUAGCUAUGUGUAUUAGAUAAAAGGAUUUUGCGAAGAACAUACACCUUGGACGAGUUGCAACUGACUUAAGUGUUGUUAUUAGACAUAAUUUGAGAAGUUUACGUAAGAACAAUCUCAUUAGGCUCUUA